AUGGAUCUCAAAUGUAUUCUAAAUGAAGAUUCACGCACGACCAACAGUCAUAAUCUUGAAAAGAACAGAAUGUUAGUACGAAUGGGAAACAAUGAUAUGAGUGGUGUGUAUGGGGUAAACACGGCAGUUAUGCCAGCAAGUCCUGCACCAAGUACGAAUAGUAUCGACUCAGAAACGAUUCAACUAGAAGCGGAUCGUCCUUUUGAGUGCAAUUGGCUUGAUUGUGGUAAAGCUUUCUCGAGACGAUCCGAUCUCGCACGCCAUAAAAGAAUUCACACCGGGGAACGUCCAUAUCAUUGUGAUUGGCAAGGAUGUGGCAAACAAUUUAUACAACGCUCGGCUUUGACAGUUCAUUUUCGAACCCACACCGGUGAAAGACCCCACACGUGUGAACAUACAGGAUGCGGAAAAUCGUUUAGUGAUUCUUCAUCACUAGCCCGUCACCGCCGCACACAUACUGGUAAAAGACCAUACGUAUGCUUACAUCCAGGUUGCGGGAAGACUUUUACUCGGAGAACCACUCUAACCCGGCAUAGAAAGCAGCACAAUCCUGAUUGGAGAGAGUACAACACCGCCUAUGAUUCAAGAAGACAACAAUCAUGUAGACAAGGUCAUAAUAAUAAUGGGUCAUACAAUGGACCGCCAAGUCCGCCUCCAACACAAACCGAUUCGCACAUAUUGUCGUCAAAAAUUUGUCGAAAAGCCAAUAAUCUCUUGAGCAUUUCUACCGCGUCACAAUCUCGCUUUAUGCCAUACAAACCACCAACUACCAUUACCGACAAUGCAAAUCAACUUUCAAAUCAACAAAAUGUUAAUGAAAUUUAUAAAUUCGGAUAUCCAUCGCCAAUUGAAACCUCAUUGCCAUUAACGAAUGACCAAACAUUUGGUCGAUAUUCGCAGUAA